AUGCCGAUUAAUCAGCCAGCGUCUCAGAUCAAGCUCACCAAUGUUUCUAUGGUUAGAAUGAAAAAGGGCAAAAAAAGAUUUGAAAUAGCCUGUUAUCAGAACAAAGUACAGGACUGGAGACUGAAGGUGGAGAAGGACUUGGAUGAGGUAUUACAAAUUCCACAGGUGUUCACCAAUGUUUCCAAGGGGCAAGUGGCUAGUAACGAGGAUUUACUCACCGCCUUUGGAAGCACAGAUGUGGAUACCAUAAUCCAGGAAAUCCUUGACAAGGGUGAGAUCCAGCUCAAUGAGAAGGAAAGGCAGGCAAACAUCCUGCAGAAGACUAACGAGUUCUUAACAAUCAUAUCCACCAAGUGUAUAAACCCUAAAACUAAGAAAAGAUACCCACCUUCUAUGAUUCAAAAGUGCUUAGACCAAUUAAAAUUCCACUUAAGUCCUACCAAGCCUACUAAACAACAAGCCUUAGAUGCCAUUAAAUUACUUGUAGCAAAGCAAAUAGUGCCUAUCGCGAGGGCGCAAAUGAAGGUGAAGAUCACUGUAGCCACCAAAGUGAAAAAACAGCUUUUUGAUGAUCAGAUUAAGGAAUUAAUUGACCACGUAGAAGAGGAAAACACUCCCAAUGCAAGAGUGUUUGAAUGUGUUGGGAUUAUUGAUCCCGUUAACUAUAAAGAAAUCAGUGAUAUUUUGAUCAAAAAGAAGAACGAUGCCAGUAUAGAGGUGCUAGACAUGGCAGCAAUAAAAGAGUAA